GAUGGACCUAGGGUUUCAACUUUCAAGCCGUGCCAUCAGCUAGCUCCUAGGUUCCUGCCUGCCAUGGAGGAUUAGGUACUGUAAAACUACCACGCUACUAUCUAGCGGUUUAGAACGUCCUUUUCUUGUCGUCCUCUACGAUUUUUUGAUUUGUGGAGAAAGCUGCAUUUUCUCAUACGUCGGAUCUGAUGUUUUUGAACUGAAGGAAACAGCGCCGGGAAACAAGGUGUGUAAACCAUGACUUCCUCUGGUUCAUGUUACUCACGAUGAAUUGCAGUUGCCAAGUCUGGCACUUCCCUUCCGCAAUCCACGUGGCCUUGUCCUCGCAUGGAAAGAGGUGCAAAGGGAGAAAUGGCGCCAUCAGCUCUCGAGCCUCGCAGGCGGAACGAGGUCAUCAUAACCAGGGAGGAGGCCAUGAAGCGGCGAGUGCGCAAGGGGUACGCGUUCGAGCCCGUGCCAGUAGAUCCGGCAGCCGACUUAAACAAGGGGCUAAAAAAGCUAGAUGAUGUAGAUAGUCGCAGGCGAAGAUCCACGGGAAGCAGCUUCAGUGCUAUUAAGUCUUCAGCAGAAGCACCGCCUGUCGCCGAUUUCCCAGCAGCAGCAGUUCCGGGUGGCGAUCAGCCGAGCCUAUCAGAAGGCUGUGGAGUUUCUCACAAGCGGAAAGCUACCGCUUCCGACGGCGAAGCUCAUAGGGUCCAUGGGGUCCAUGGGGUGGAUGAUGCCAUGGCGGAGGGUAGGAUAGGCAGCAGAGAGAACAGCCGCGAUGGAGGCAAAAGCCCGGGCUCUGCUGGGUGGACACGUGGCGAAAGGCGAGGCCUUCGGAGAAAGUUCCGAGAUGAAUUGGAGCAGUUGCAGGGGCUAUGCCAGAAAGUGGACGCGAGGGAGGGAGCGUUGAGGCGCGAGGAGCUGGCAGGGAGGGGGGCGGAGAGCAGGAAGCGGAUGAAGCGGACGGAAAACGGAACUGUUGCAGCGCACGUGGUGGACGGCGGGUCGAUUGAAGAAUCGCCGGUCGCAGUGGCUGCUGCUGGUCCGCUCGUUCUCCCACCGGAGGUGCAAGUGAAGGGUCUUGAAACGGAGCCUUCAGGCAAGGAUCGGCACACACCCAGGCCCGGCUCGUCCCUGCUAAGCGCUGAUUCGUUUCACGCUAAGGAGAAGGUUUCGGCUCCUGAGAAAGGCAAGGGGAAGAAGGUUCCGGGAAAGCUGCCGGAGCUGGACGUUAGAAGGCAGAGAAUCGUGGCUGCGAGAGCGAGGCGACUGGGCGAUAUUUUCAAGCAGUGUGCGACGCUGCUGAAGCGACUGAUGUCGCACAAGUACGGGUGGGUGUUCAAAGAGCCUGUCGACGCGGCGAAGCUCGGGUUACACGAUUACCACACGGUUAUCACGAAGCCGAUGGACCUGGGUACGAUCAGCGCGCGAAUUAAAGCGUCGGGUUACCAGCAUCCAGACGAACUGUACAGUGACGUGCAGCUCGUUUGGGCAAAUGCCAUGCGGUAUAACGGGGAAGGCAGUGACGUGUACAUCAUGGCGGUGGAGUUAAAGGGCCUGUUCGAGCAGGGGUACCGGAAGAUCCGACUCAAGGUGGAGGAAGACACCGCGAAACGCAGGCAGGAAGAGCAGGAGCUGGUGGCAGCUGCAGAGGAGGUGAAAGAAACUAAGGUGAAUAGGACGGUUAGUGAAGGGCGGGAGAAGCCGGAGGUUCUAGAGCUCGAGAAGCGGCUGCAGAAGCUGGAGUCGCAGUUGCAGGUGGGUGGCCAGGCGAUGGGUAAAGCAGCAGCGCAGGCUCAGGCGAAGGGGAAGCUUCCCCAGAGGGACAUGACGUUUGCAGAGAAGCAGAAGCUGAGCGUCAAUCUGGGGAAGCUUCCGCCAGAGAAUCUGGACAGGAUUGUGCAGAUCAUAUCGGAGCGCAACCCGGAUCUGAGCCAGAACGCGGACGAGAUCGAGCUGGACAUCGACUCGCUGGACAGCGAGACGCUGUGGGAGCUGGAGAGAUACGUGAGCAACUGCAUGAAGAGCAAGAGCAAGCGCAAGAAGAUCCCCCUCUACGACACUGUCCAGCCGAAGGUCCCAGACGCUCUCCCUGCAGCUUCCCAACAGGAGCCUAAAGAGGGCGAUGACAGCGUGGACAUAGUGGAGGCGGGUCCCCUCCACGGGGCCGGUGCUGCAUCGGCUGCAGACUCGGCAGCACCGAAGCUGCCUGCUGGGAACGGAGUGGGAGGGAGGGGCAGCCCCGGCACCUCGGGGUCAUCCAGCUCGAGUGAUGAGAGCUCCUCCAGUGAUAGCGACUCUGACAGCGACUCAUCAGCCAGCGAAUCAGAUCAGGACAGGCGUUCUGAGCCUGCUCGUGGGAAGCAGUCUCAGAGCAGGGACAGUGCAAAGGCCAGUGAGGGCAAGUGCACAUCUCCCAAUGCUGGAGGGGACAGUGCUGCUGCAAGCGAAGGGGCAAAGAUGGAGGUGGAUAGGAAGCAGAUUGAAAAGCCCAAGGAGGUGAAGCCAUCCCCCAAAGGUGAUGAUGAGGCUGCGGUGAAAGCAGCCCUUCUUCGAGGGAAGUAUGCUGACAUAAUUUUGAAUGCCCAAAAGAAAGCGACAGAGACCCAAGCUGUGGACCAGAAGCAGCUGGAAGAGAUCGAAAGGAAGCACAAAGAAGAACGAGCUCGCUUGGAAGCUGAAGCCAGGGCAGCCCAGGAGUCUCGCAGGCGAAAAGAAGCAGAGGCUGCGAUGGAAGCUCGGAAGAAGCUGGAGGAACAAAGGGAAGCAAUGCGCCGUGCACUGCAAGGGAUGGCAAAGUCCGUGGAGUUGGACGAGAGCCAUGCCAUCAUGAAGGACAUGCACCUUCUGAGUGCUCCUGCUGAGCACAUCGGCGUUGGUCCUGGCCGCUCCACCGACUUGCCGUUUGGUGGUGAUGGUGCAAGAGUUCCGGGCCUUGGCCCUCAACAGGGAAUGAAUGUGCUAGAGCAUUUAGGGCUGUCACUUAGAGAUGAUGAAUCAGAUGGAGAAGAGAGUGAAAGUGAAAAGGAGGCUGAUGGAAACAACGAAGAGGUGGAAGAUGGGGAAAUCUGAGAGGCGAGAUGAUGCUUGCAUUGCAACUGCUUGGGACUGUAAGGAUUGCAGAACUGUGGAUCCUAGUCACAGGAGUGUUGCUUGCAUG